CGACUCACUUCACUUUUGGCCGGGGAAACUGUUUUCUGUUCGAGAUGAAAGGUUGGCUGUGAAGAGAUAAAAGGAUGGCUUCUUCAGUAUUAAGACAAGGACAGCAUUAUAUUGAAUGUGAUAUUUGUCAAAGUCCUGUAAUUUUCACAUGCAAACGAUGCGCGCUUAAUUUAUGCAAUGCAUGUGUAGAACCUCACAUUCUUAUCGAAUCCAAAAAUGGUCAUGAAGUUACAAAAUACAACAAACAAAAAAUCGAAGGUGGAGAAUGUCUGACCCACCCCCAGCAACAAUGUAGCGCCUUCUGCAAGACAUGUAAUAUUCCUCUCUGUGUCUUAUGUGUUUUAAACAAGCACAGGGAACAUGGUAUUGUCGAACUAUCCGAGAAAGUCGAUAAAUUAUCCGAUUUCAUCACGAUAGAAAAUGAACGGCUACGGACAAAGCGAACAGAAUUGGAGAGAAUUUUGGAACAUGUAAGUAAAAGGUUGGCAUCCCUUCGACGUGUUUACAAGCAGACAAAAGAAAAAAUUUCAUCACAUGCCAAAAACCCUGCAUCAGGAAAUUGAUAAGGCAGAGAAGGCACUGCACAAGGACCUAUAUAAACUGCAAGAAAAGCAUGCAGGAAUUUUAAUCAAGCAGAAAAAAGAAUUUGAAGAAAUAUGUAAGAAAUUGAAAACUCUUGAACAAACAGUCGACAGCUUGGAAAACUCCAAAGAUGUCCGUGGUUUAAUGGAACUUAAGUUUGAACUUGAGAAUCAACAGAUUCCAACCUUUAUAGAAGAAACAAGACCGGCAUUCUUCCAACCUAUCAAGUUUAAUGAAAGUUAUACAUCUUCCUUCGGUUACAUACAGGAACUAGAAUCACAAAAACUGCCUUUCGACGAUCUAACAAAAGAAGAUCAGAUCUCUUCAUCAGGACAAGUUCUAAGUAUAUCGGAAGUCCUGUCCACCUUUAAUACAGAGUUUCCGGCUAAGAAAGAAAACAACAACCGCCUGUUUGAUAUGAUUCCCCUCGGAGAUGACAAAGUGUGGGCAGGAGGAGCCAAUCAUGAGCUCAAGUUGUUUGAUCUUCAGGGCUGUCUCCACGACACUGUCGCCAUUUCGGAUUAUGGUGGUUACCUGACCCUUCAUGAUGGACACGUGGUGUACACUGAUAAGAAAGAAAACAACAACCGCCUGUUUGAUAUGAUUCCCCUCGGAGAUGACAAAGUGUGGGCAGGGGGAGCCAGUCAUGAGCUCAAGUUGUUUGAUCUUCAGGGCUGUCUCCACGACACUGUCGACAUUUCGGAUUAUGGUGGUUACCUGACCCUUCAUGAUGGACACGUGGUGUACACUGAUAGAAAUGAUAAUACUGUGAAGAAAGUUAUAAACGGUAAAGUAGAUACGUUGUUCCGUACCGGGGAAUACAAUCCUUCCGGAAUUACCUGUACCGCGGCAGGUGACUUCCUUGUCUGUCUCCAGACAACAGAGUCCAAGAUCGUAAGAUACAGCACUUCCGGUGACGUGCUGGAGGAAAUCCAGUACGACUCCCAGUACCAGCCUCUGUUUAAGGAUGCAGUUUAUGUGGUGGAAAAUGGUAAUGGCGACGUUUGUGUAGCUGACUGGGGUAAAAAAGCUGUCACAGUCGUUAAUAAGUUCGGAAUAUUCAGAUUCUCUUACACAGGGAACAAAGCGUCCAAAGAGGAAUUCCUGCCUAGCUCCCUUACCACAGACAGCAUGCAUUACAUCACCAUCACGGACAUCAUCAACGACAAAAUUCACAUGUUGGACAGGGACGGUCGAUUCCUGGGGUACAUCAUUCCUGAUCAGGGGAUACAGAGACCCCGGGCAGUAUGUGUCAUUAGGGAGGGGGAAAUAAUGGUUGGGGAGUGUUUAACUGGAAUGAUCAAGAGAAUAAAGUACUUACAAUAA